CUGCACAAUCGAAGAGGGCUAGUGUCUCAAUCGCCCAUUUCCCAUUGCGUACAGUUUGGGCUCUCCCAGGCGGUAAGCUGUAGCCUUUUGCGCCGUCGCUAGCCCGCCUGUGGAAAGGUCGAGGCGGUCCUCGAUGCGAUCACGAUUCCCGAACAAAAUGACCCCCCUGCGCCCCAUAUCAAGGUCGUCCCUGGGACAGAACCCGAGAAAAUCAACGAGUUUUUCUCUAAACCCUUUGUCCGGAAACCCCAUCGUCUUUGCUUCGGGUCCCUUGGUCCCUUCAAGCUCUACUACGGCCGACUUCAUCACUCGUCCACGUUGCUCAUCGCCAACCACAUCACGAUGCGUUGGCCUUCCGUGUUCCUGGCCACCAUCGCCGGGUUAGAAGUGGCCCAGGCCCACGGGGACGGGCCGCACGUCAAUGUGGUGAUGCCGCGUCGUCGGAGCCUGGAAGAGCUGCGGCAGAGGCGGGACUCAUACGAGGCGUGGAACCCUCCAGCGGUGGAGAACGAGCCCCGAGACGGCGACGAACAGAUUCUGGGGGCUCGGCAAGCAACAACCACCGCCGGCGUCGCCAACACUACCAUUCCCCUCGGGGACAAUUCGCAGUGCGGGCCCGGGUACGGGAGGUGUGACGACGGGUACUGCUGCUCGCCUUCGGGAUACUGCGGCCAAGGCUCGGAUUACUGCAACUCGCCCGAUUGCCAAAUCAGCUACGGCCCGGCCUGCGACGGCAACCAAAGGCCCACCGGCCGGGAUACGUCCAACGAUCCGAGACCCUUGCUUGGCAGCAUCCCCUAUGGCGGCGUCGGUAUCUACGACUGUGUUAAUGACGGCGACAUCGCCAUCACCUACGAUGACGGCCCGUAUAUCUACACGGAUGCCAUGCUGGAUAACUUCAAGGCCCACGGCGCUGUUGCCACCUUCUUCAUCACCGGGAAUAACAUCGGCAAGGGCAUGAUUAACAUACAAUACCCCGCCCUCAUCCAGCGCAUGAUUGCCGAGGGCCAUCAGGUUGCCAGCCAUACCUGGUCACAUGAAAAUCUGGACUCCCUGACACAAGAACAACGCCAAAAUCAGAUGAUUUACAAUGAAAUCGCCUUCACUGAUAUCCUCGGUUUCUACCCCACCUAUAUGCGGCCCCCUUACUCUAUCUGCGGUGCCGACUGCCAGAACCAAAUGGUCCAGCUUGGAUACCACAUCACAUACUUCGAUCUGGACACCCAGGGAUACCUCAACACCGACCCCAGCCAGAUUAACAAUAGCAUAGCUAUAUGGGACGCAGCCAUGUUAGCUCGCUCGCCCUGUAACGGUAGCUACCUGCACAUUGAGCACGACAUCCACCAGCAGAUAGCGACGACACUUACCAGCCACAUCCUGGACUCCGUAGUCGCCAACGGAUGGAACCCCGUCACCGUCGGCACUUGCCUCGGGGACCCCCCGGCCAACUGGUACCGGAACACGAACUACAACUACAACUUCAACAUCACCCCCGUCAGCGCUCCGGUCUGCGCACCAACACCCACCCUUAACUCGGCCAUCUCCACGGACGGGUCGUGCGGUGCCGACAACGGAAAAGUGUGCCUCGGCUCGAUCUACGGCAACUGCUGCUCCCAAUACGGCUAUUGCGGUAGCGACGCGGAUCACUGCGGCGACGGAUGUCAGACUGCUUAUGGCAACUGCACCGUCUCCAGUGCCGUCCUCACCAGCCCCGUCGCCAACGCCGUCCUCGCCAGCUCCGCCACCGGCGCCGUUCUUUCCAGCCCCUCCGGCACUAAUACUGCCGCACCUGUUGUCCUCACCUCACUCAAUGGGCUUUGUGGAACCCAGAAUGGCAAUACCGGCUGUCUUGGCUCGGCUUUUGGUAACUGUUGCUCUCAGUACGGUUACUGCGGUAGCACCGUGAAUCACUGCGGCACCGGAUGUCAGACUGCUUAUGGCAACUGCACCGUCUCCAGCGCCGUUCUCGCCAGUUCCGCCGCCAACGCCGUCCUCGCCAGCCCCUCCGGCACUAACACUGCCGCACCUGUUGUCCUCACCUCACUCAAUGGGCUUUGUGGAACCCAGAAUGGCAAUACCGGCUGUCUCGGCUCGGCUUUUGGUAACUGUUGCUCUCACAGGUCAAUCUUCGGCAUCCACGGCCUCUGGGGCAGCGCCUACUUCAUCAUCGAGAUCUAUCUUGAAUCAGUCCAUCAAAGUUUCGUCUGCUUCGUCUUCUGCAACCAAGUCUUCCUCUUUGUCGAGAACUACAUCCGCCUCGACUUCUAG